UCGGAUUUAUGCUUUGGCUGCGCUGCCGCUGUGGCUAGUUCAUUAGAAUCCAGCACCCAGUAUCUGAAAUUAUUCGAACAUUUCCAGAGUUGGACGCGUCGCAUAUUUUAUGUAGUGAAAUUAUUGGAGCUUCUAUUUAUUUGUUUAUUGUAAAAUUUGAUCGUCGGUUUUCUGGUUGAAGUUAUCUAUUGGGGUGAUGUGGUCAAUGAAGGUCGAUUAGGUGAAGGAGAUGCAGGAAAGAAUCACAAAUGCAAGCUCGGUCUGUGGAGGAGGAUUCUAUUCGGGGUCCAGAGUUGAGGACGUAGUCAGAGGUUUCUAUCGAGAAGUGAGGUGUGUUUUAUUGGAAUAAGUUUCAAGUGGGUUAAAAUGGUGAGUAUGUUUGGGAAAUUCCCGUGCAGCCGUCCGAGUCAUCGCCCGAAGCAUCAGUACUUUUUGGUGGAAGGUGUAGGCGGGAAGAGAAUCAGCCCUGCCGCUGCACUACAUGGUGUGCCGCCCUUGGAAGCCUUCGAACCAGUUGAACAUCCAGCAGAGCCUAAAGAGAUUGACAAGCCAGUUCAGUGCCCGCCACAAGAAAAUAGCAUCAUGCAGGAUGGAUUGAUAUGGAGGGAAAGAGUAGCGAGGAGUUUCCGGCGUCAAGUUGAAAGAAUCAGCAAAUGGCAAGAAGGUGAUGCUGCAGGGCACUCACAAAUCACCGGGAAAUCAGGCAGGCAGGAGAAAAUCGAUCUGGGCGAGAAAAGUCUCUUCAUGACGCGUAGUGCGCCUGCACAUGCAGUCACACAAACACUAGAUUGACUUGAUUGCUUGACGGUCCUGGUGGUUCUGCCUGGAGGUGCAGGGUGCACAGAUGCAUUUUUACAUAAGUAAGUCCCAAAAUUAAUUUCCCAACUUCAGUUUCCAGAUCACGUUUGAUACUGAAACGGGAUUAUCGUAGCGUACUAACCAAGGAAAAGUCGGAUCUUUGUAACCAUCAAGUUCAGGCGUUGCUGUGGACGAUGCUCCUCCUCUGAGAAGACAGGAAAUCAUUCCUAAUAAACCAUCUCUUAUCGAACUCAUUUCCGACAACUUCACGACUUCAACACAAUCCAUGCAGCAUCUCGGGCAAACCGUCUCGUUUAUUGUGAGCGACCCCAGAGCUGCUGCCAAUUGUUUUAGACUUGCUCCAUCGCACAUUGUUGUUGACUGUGGCAAAGUUGGGCAGGCAAAGAAGAAGAAGAAGAAAAAGACAUGUUUGUUGAAAGUAUGGUCUCUACAACAAUAACAUUUUGUUUUGUGGGUGGCAUCUGAGGAAGUAUUCUUCAAUUUUUUGCAUGAGGUUUGGUGAGUGGGAUGAAGGACAUUAGUGUAGGAGAUGAUUUACAUCUAUGUGUAAAUAAAUGUCAAAUAAUUUGUUUGAAUGUUUCUUUGUAAAGAUUAAAACUCAAAAAAUGUAUUAAUGUGAUUAAAGUUGGUUUUUUUGUCUUGCUUC